CAAUUUUUGUCCCACCCUUCCGGGUCUUCGUAGAUUCUUUUGCGUGAUGAUGUACGUUUCUGCACUUUCCUCUAGAGCUGUCUGAAAGAGAAAGUGAAACCAUUGCAUCGGCUCCGCAGAUAACUAUGAUAAUAAACAUGCUACCGCUAAGUUUGGACAACUGAGUCUGCAGAUAGCACCAUGGACUCCAGAAAGAGGAGAUCCUCCUCUCCUGAGUCCAGCUGUGUGUCCAUAAAGAGUGACGCUUCAAUGGACAAUCCACCAACACUCAGAUUGGGAGAAUCUCCUGCGAAACACAGGAGAUCCUCCUCUCUUGGAUCCAGCUGUGUGUCCAUGAAGAGCGACGCCUCAAUGGACAAUCCACCAACACUCAGAUUGGGAGAAUCUCCUGCGAAACACAGGAGAUCCUCCUCUCCUGAGUCCAGCUGUGUGUCCAUGAAGAGCGACGCUUCAAUGGACAAUCCACCAACACUCAGAUUGGGAGAAUCUCCUGCUAAACACAGUGACAACCAAAAGCGAUCACAGUCAAAUAAAGGCCAGAAGCAGCUAGACGCCAUUUUCAAGGACCUUGAGGAAACAAACAUAGAUGAGAUGAGGAAAGUGUUGAGAAGAUUCAAGAUGCUGCUUAGUCCAGAUUACUCUGUGAGAGAUGAGGAGGAGGAGGAAGGUCAACGUCAAAUAAACGAGGCAUUUCUGAAGAUCACUCUUCAUGCCCUCCAGAAGAUGAACCAGACGGACCUCGCUAGCAAACUACAAACCAAGUUAAUCUCCGUGAGUCAACAACAGCUCAAAUCCAGACUGAAGCAGAGAUUUGAGAGAUUUACUGAAGGAGUCUCAAAUCGAGGCAAUACAAAACUUCUGAAUGACAUCUACACAGAGGUUUACAUCACUGAGGGAGGGGCUGGAAACAUUGACGAUGAGCACGAGGUGAGACAGAUCGAGACCUCGUCGUCCAGAUUUCCAGAGAUACCGAUUAGAUGUUGCGACAUCUUCAAAUCCUUACUGGGACAGGACAAAGCCAUCAGAACGGUUCUGACCAAAGGAGUAGCUGGAAUCGGAAAAACCGCUUCUGUGCAGAAGUUCAUCCUAGACUGGGCAGAAGGAAAAGCCAAUCAGGAUGUUCACUUCAUAUUUCCGCUUCCUUUCAGAGACUUGAAUUUGAUAAAGGAGAAACGGAUGAGUCUGAUGGAGCUCCUUUGCUGUUUUUGCCCAGAACUAAAACCGAUAGACUAUAACAACUUCAAAACAGUCUUCAUCUAUGAUGGUCUGGAUGAGUGGCGCCUUCCUCUGGAUUUCCGGAACAAUGAGAUUUUGUGGGAUAUGAACAAAGUGGCCUCUGUGGAUGCACUGCUUACCAACCUCCUCCAGGGGAACCUGCUUCCUUCUGCUGUCCACUGGAUCACCACACGACCAGCCGCAGCCUGUCAGAUCCCAGCUGAGUUUAUUGAUCGGGUCACCGAGGUACGAGGGUUCAAAGAUCUUCAGAGAGCAGAGUAUUUCUGGAAAAGAAUAAAAGAUCAGAAUCUUGCCAACAAGAUCAUCACACACAUUCAAUCAUCAAGAAGCCUUCACAUCAUGUGCCGCAUCCCAGUGUUCUGCUGGAUCUCCGCCACUGUUCUUGAGAAGAUCUUUGGUGAAGCGAAUAGUGCAGACAUUCCCAAAACUCUCACUCAAAUGUUCAUACACCUGCUGAUCGUUCAGACCAAUCUGAAGACCCAGAAAUAUGACCGAGAAUGUGAUGUAAAUCUUGAGAAGGCAAGAAAGAGCAUCUUGUCACUUGCGAAACUGGCAUUUGAGCAACUGGAGAAAGGGAACCUGAUCUUCUAUGAAGAGGAUUUGAAACAGUGUGGCAUUGAUGUCCGAGAAGCGUCCGUGUGCUCUGGAGUGUGUACCCAGAUCUUUCGGGAAGAGUUUGGGCUGCAGCUUCAAAAGGUGUUUAGCUUUGUACAUCUGAGUGUUCAGGAGUUUCUCGCUGCCUUGUUUAAGUUUCUUUCCUUUGCUGAAGAAAACAACAAGUCCUCAAUGACACAGUUUAUGAAGAACGAAGUGGACAGGGCCUUGCAGAGUCCGAACGGACACCUUGAUCUCUUCUUACGUUUUCUUCUGGGUCUUUCACUGGACUCCAAUCAGACUCUCCUACAGGGAUUAUUCACUCCGUUGGAUACCUCUCACAGCAGAGACGAGACUAUUGAGUAUAUAAAAAGUAAAAUCAGAGAAAAUCCGUCUCCGGAGAGAUCCAUCAAUCUGUUUUACUGCCUAAAUGAGCUGAAUGAUCAUUCUCUGGUGCAGGAGGUCCAAACAUAUCUAACCAGCACACGCAGCCAUCGCCUCUCUGGAGUGAAACUGUCUCCGGCCCUGUGGUCAGCACUGGUGUUUGUGUUGCUGAACUCGACAAAGGACCUGGACGAGUUUGAGCUCAGGCAAUACGAUUUUACAGAGGAGUGUCUUCUGAGGCUGCUACCGGUGGUCAAAGCUUCCAGAAAAGCAGAUUUGAAAGGUGGUAAUCUCACAGAUCAGAUCUGUUCAGCUCUGGCCUCUGCUCUCAGCUCGAGCUCCUGCUGUCUGCGAGAACUGGACCUCAGUGAAAACAGGCUCCAGCUUUCAGGAAUACGACUUUUCUCUGCAGGACUGAAGAGCCCUAACUGUAAGCUGGAGAUACUCAAGUUGAGCAACUGCAGUAUUAGAGAGGAAGGCUGUGCUUCUCUGGUUUCUGCUCUUCUCUCAAACCCGUCUCAUCUGAGAGAACUCAACCUGAACUCCAAUCAACCAGGAUAUUCAACAGUGAAGCUUUUGUCUGAUCUUCUGGAGAAUCCACACUGUAAACUGGAGAAACUACAGUUGUAUAACUGCUGUAUUGGUGAGGAAGGCUGUGCUGCUCUGGCUUUAGCUCUGAUAUCAAACCCGUCUCAUCUGAGAGAACUCAAUCUGAACAAUAAUGAACCAGGCGAUUCAGGAGUGAAGCUUCUCUCUGAUCUGCUGAAGGAUCCGCGCUGUAAACUGGAGAAACUACAGCUUAAUGGUAGCAAUAUCAGAGAGAAAGAUUGUGCUGCUUUCAUUUCAUCUCUUCUAUCAAACCCGUUUCAUCUGAGGGAACUCAGUUUGAGCUGGAACAAACCUGGCGACUCUGGAGUCAAGCUUUUGUCAGAUCUUCUGAAAGAUUCUCGCUGUAAACUGGAAAAACUGGAGCUGGAGUGCUGCAGUAUUAUAGAGGAAGGCUGUGCUGCUCUGGCUUUAGCACUUGUAUCAAACCCAUCUCACCUGAGAGAACUCAAUCUAAACAAUAAUGAACCAGGAGACCUAGGAGUGAACCUUUUGUCUUUUCUUCUGAAAAAUCCACAAUGUAAACUAGAGAAACUGGAGCUGGAAUACUGCUGCAUAGGUGCAAAAAGUUGUGCUUCUCUGGCUUCUGCUUUUGUAUCCAACCCGUCUCAUCUGAGAGAACUCAAUCUGAACUGGAACACACCAGAAUAUCCUGCAGUGAAGCUUCUGUCUGAUUAUCUGAAGGAUCCACACUGUAAACUGGAGAAACUACAGUUGUAUAACUGCUGUAUUGGUGAGGAAGGCUGUGCUGCACUGGCUUUAGCUCUGAUAUCAAACCCGUCUCAUCUGAGAGAACUCAAUCUGAACAAUAAUGAACCAGGCGAUUCAGGAGUGAAGCUUCUCUCUGAUCUGCUGAAGGAUCCGCGCUGUAAACUGGAGAAACUACAGCUGGAAUACUGCUGUAUCGGUGAGGAAGGUUGUGCUGCUCUGGUUUCAGGUCUGAAAUCGAACCCGUCACACCUGAGGGAACUCAAUCUGAACAGAAACGAACCUGGAAACUUAGGUGCAAAGAUGCUGUCAGAUCUCCUGAAGGAUCCGCUGUUUGAACUUGAGAAACUAGAGCUCGAUGACUGCAGUAUUGAAAACAAUGGUUUUGCUGAUCUAGUUUCAGGCCUGAAAUCAAACCCAUCAAACAUCAGAGAGCUCAAUCUGAACUCUAAUAAAUUCAUCUUCUCUGGAUUAAAUCUACUCUGUGACCUGCUGAGAGAUCAGCAGUGUAAACUGCGGAAGCUACAGCUGGAGUGCUGCAAUAUAGAUGAGGAAGGCUGUGCUGCUCUGGCUUUAGCACUGAUAUCUAACCCGUCUCAUCUGAGAGAACUCAAUCUGAAUUACAACAAUCCAGGAGGCCUUGGAGUGAAGCUUCUGUCUGUUCUUCUGAAGAAUCCACACUGUAAACUGGAGAAACUGGAGUUGUCUCAUUGCAGUAUUUCAGAGAAUUACCUUGCUGCUCUAAAUUCAGCUCUGAGUUCAAACCCAGCACACUUGAGGGAACUCAAUUUGAACUACAAUGAGAACACUAGACAAUGACACAAAUCAACUAGAAGCACAGCAAUUUAAACUAGUUAGGCUGUGUGUUUUAUAUACAAGCAUAUGAUGUGUGUUUAUAUAUAAUAUAUUCAUCCUCCUGUUUGAAUUCUUUCUCAAA